AUGGAGUACUUAACUUUUCGAAAUAUCGGACUGGCUUGCGGUGUUGGAUUUCUAGGUUAUUGUGUUUACUUUGAUCACAAAAGAAGGAGUCAUCCAACAUACAAGGAAAGGGUGAAGGCCAGGAGGGAACUCGAGCGGACACAACAGGAGACUGAAGAUGAUAUUGUGCUACCGCCGGCUAGUGAUAAGAGGGCACUUGAGAAAUUCUUUGUUACAGAGGUAGAGAAAGGUGAAGAAUUAAUUCAGGCCGGUGAUUAUGAUCGUGCCGUUAAACACCUAAGUUAUGCUGUGGUUUUGUGUCCUCAACCUCAAGAAUUACUCCGCUACAUGAAGGAAAGUUUACCGCCACAAGCUUAUGUAAAACUUGUAAAAUACUUAGAAAUUGCAAAUGAAAAAGUCAACGAAGCUUUCAAGAAGAGCAGUCUUGCAGAAGAAGAUGUCGAAUAA